AUGAAGUUAAGAAACGCCGACGUGUACUCGAAUUUCAACCUUAACGUCAUAGACAUACUUGAUAACGCGAUCAUUGUGUGCGCUAGACUUGACGGCGGCGGCCUCGUGCGCCCGCGACGUACAGCCAGACCGUUCGGCGCCUGCGCACAAAGGGCUCAUUGUAUUCUGUUCAAUUCUUUGGAACGGACCCUAAUGUUUUUUUUAUCAAAUUCUUGA